UGGAUUCCGCUAUGGUCAUUUGAUCGUCUCCUGUUAGCGUUAGGUUCUUAUAAUUGUUUUUUUUUUUGUUCACUUUUUGUUUAUUGUGAGCAAAUUUUUAUUCGUCGUUAUUACGUAUAUUUGUUAGACACAAAAGUUAAGCUAAGCACACUGCCUAUUAUUUUAGAAUUAAUGAUGAAAAACGCAAAGGCCAAAAAUUCAAGAACUUGCUUGGGACAGAACUUUAGCGAUCAAUGUGGAUUAUUUGACGUUGUCGUUCGACCGAUGCUACAGCAGGGGCACGAGGGAGAAUUAUGCAGUUGGUUGAAAGAAAUGAGUUUGAUUUGUACAGUCUCCAACUGUCCUCAUGCGGAUUGUAAAGGACGAAGUUUAAUAUGGAACCCUGCAAGAAUUGUAGACAAAUAUAUUUGGUCUUGUCCUGACUGUAUGAGAAAACAGUCCAUAAGGGAGAAGUCUUUCUUUCUUGGAAUUAAAUGUGAUCUGAAAAUGUGCCUUCAACUGAUAUUAGGAUGGUGUCAAAAAAUUCCUUUUGAAGAUACCUCUUCUUAUAUAGAUGUAAAGAAACAUGUUGCAAGAAAGAUAUAUGAGCGGUGUGACGAAGUUUCUGCAAUUUAUGUUAAAAAACAUCCAGAGGAUUGGUUAUUAGGUAGCGAAGGUGCAAUAUUAAUUGUGGAUGAAUUUCCUGGUGGUUAUAUGAUGGAACAUCAGCCAGAUAUAAAUUCUACCAAGAAACGUAAUAAUAAUUUGCACACAAUAAUAUGUGUCGCAGAAGCAAAUACUAUACCACCUCGCAUAUGGUUACAUAUGAUUGAGGCUAUACCAGAGCCACAAAAAAUGGACAAACUACAAACAGGAGUUGAUAAGAGUAACAUGGUAAAAGAAGCUUUAAAAGAAAUUACAAGGCAUAUAAUACCAGGAAGUUAUAUAGUAGCAAAUGAUCGUGCUCGUUGCUGCAGUUAUGAAUCUUUACAGAGUCUGAGGCAAUACAAAAUUAUCAGUGUCGAACAGCUACAGAAGUUCGAUCCACCUGGUAAAAAUAAACUCCUUAACAAUCUCGAAACGAUUUGGCAAAGUGCGAUUGAAAUUUGUGAAGAAGUUCAAGAAGCUACUCAUACAUCGGGCCAACAUAUCAUUGCUAGGCAUUUGUGGAGACAAAAAUUUGGUGUAUCACCUUCUUCCGCGUUUCAAGAUAUGUUGAAUCACAUUGCGGAAUAUUAUCGAUUUUCUUAAAGUUUGGCACAAAUAUUGAAAUCAACAUUACUAUCGCUGUCACAUAUGACAAAAUAUUUUUUUUUAUCGAUUUAUUAUCGAUUUUUUUAAAG